AAGGCCACAGCAGUGCGUGCACAUACUUGGCCUGGCUGGGCGCAGACGACGGUGCAAGCGUCGAGAAAUGCAAGCGACAGGCAGUCGUGUCUAGGGCGGACACUUUUGCUUUCGACGGCUCGGAUUGUUACUUCAGCAGGUGCGGAGCUUUCGCCGACAUGAAAUGGACGGACGCCUACGGGGGACAGGAGGUAUACAGCGUUCUUGUUGGCGACUGGGUUCAUGUCGUUUCGGCAGAAGAAGGACACAGCAGUGCGUGCACAUACUUGGCCUGGUUGGGCGCAGGCGACGGCGCGAGCGUCGAGAAGUGCAAGCAGCACGCAAUCGUUUCCGGGGCCGACACAUUCGCUUUCGACGGCGCGGAUUGCUACUUCAGCAGGUGCGGGGCUUUCGCCGACAUGAAGUGGACCGACGCCUACGGGGGACAGGACGUCUACACAGUAUUGACGGGGAGCUUCGAGUUGCUCCUCGGUGCCGAGAGUGAGCACACCAGCGCGUGCGCGUACGUCGGUUUCUUAUUCGGCUCGACGGGGCGAGUGUCGAGAAGUGUGCCCGUCACGCGGUCGUUCUCAGAGCUGACACGUUCGCGUUCGACAAGGAUGUGGACUGCUACUUCAGUCGCUGUGGCUCUGCGGCUGAUCUCACUUUCACCAGUGCAUACGGCGGGCAGGAUGUUUAUUCCGUGUUCACUCGGCCGUGGGUGCAGGUCGCCUCGGCGGAGGCAGGACACACCAGCGCGUGCUCGUACCUGACUUGGAUGGGCGCAGACGAUGGCGCGAAUGUCGAGAGAUGCAAGCAACACGCAAUCGUUUCCGGGGCCGACACGUUUGCUUUCGACGGCUCGGAUUGUUAUUUCAGCAAGUGCGGGGCUGCCGCCGACAUGAAGUGGACCGACGCAUACGGGGGACAGGAGGUAUACAGCGUUCUUGUUGGAGACUGGGCGCAUGUCGUUUCGGCAGAGGAAGGACACAGCAGUGCGUGCACAUACUUGGCCUGGUUGGGCGCAGACGACGGCGCGAGCGUCGAGAAGUGCAAGCAGCACGCAGUCGUUUUCGGAGCAGACACUUUUGCUUUCGACGGCGCGGAUUGUUACUUCAGCAGGUGCGGGGCUUUCGCUGACAUGAAGUGGACCAACGCCUACGGCGGACAGGACGUCUACACCUUCCUGUUUCCUCGCGGCGACAGCGUGUGGCCCCCGUGCGACCCGUCGUCGCAGUGCUUCGACAUGACGCUCCUCCUGACGGCUUCGAUGAACGGUCGCCUCGCGGCGGUCGACGACACCGGGAACGCGUGCGACCCCGACGACGACGCGUCCUGCUACGGCGGCACUGCGCGGCGCAUCACGUACGUCGAGCAGCAGAGAGAGAGGCUGAACGCGACGCAGGGCGUCUACGUCUUCGACCUCGGCGGUUCGUGGUUCGGCGGCCCGUUCCUGUACCACCCGGACUACCCGUUCGCCGCGCCGAACCUGGAGCUGCAGGACAUGGUGCCGUACGACGGCUGCCUCUUCAGCAUGUACGACAUGCAGCUCGGCGCGACGAGCGACUCGGCGGAGAGCCUGCGGAGCCUCGCGGAGGGGCUCGCGCGGCGGCGGUGCCCGCUGCUCCUCGCGAACGCCGAGUUCGGCGGCGCGCUCGAGCCCCUGAACGCGAAGAAGGUGCCGUGGCUGGUGCGGACCACCCCGACGGGCCAGAAGGUCGGCUUCGUCGGCUUCUACCCGCACAGCCCCAACUACUGGUUCAGCCUCGACCAGGCCCUGCUCAAGCUCGACCCGGAGGGCGCGCAGGCGCGGCUCCUGGCGGGCGACGUGCCGCAGGAGGACUACUGGCUCGGCGACGAGCGGUACCGCAGCCGGGACCUGUACCGCGUGAAUGCGACGCUCCUCGCGGCGGCGUUCGGCGCUGCCGGCGGCGACUUCGAGCAGCUCGAGGACCACGAGGCGUCCCUCUACAUCGCCUACUCGACAGUGCCGACCGACGUGCUGCUGGCGGCCGAGGCGCUCCGGCGGGCCCACCCGGAUGUCGCAUGCCUCGUGCUCCUCGGGGGCGUGGGCAUCCGCGCCGAGACGCUCGCGUGGCUGCUGGACUACGGGCCCUUCGACGCCGUCGUCGCCGCGUCGCGCAGGGACAACGUCGGCCUCACCGAGCACUUCUCGGGCCCCCUGCAGCGGAACGCGUCUUCGUGCGCAGCAACACCUGGUCUGGCCUCUCGGAGCUGAGGCUGCGGCUCACGGACGCGGGCGUGUCCCAGCACGCGUACCGCAACGACAAGGCGCUCGGCGCCGACGUGCCGAACGCGCCCGUGGCGCAGCAGCGGCAGUCGGAGCUCUACAAUGUGACCAGGAGAGCCGGAACCAGCAGCCGUACGCGGCGCUGGAGCGGCCGCUCCGGGCCGUGGUGUGGGACGAGCGUGCCGAGUCGCCGGUGGACAACCUGUGCCGCUUCGCGGAGAGUGCAGCCUGGGCGAGGCCGUGGGGCAGGCCAUGCUGCACGCCGCGGAGGUGCGGCAGGUCCACGCCGACGCGGCGUUCAUGAACUACGGCGGCUUGUGGCUGGACCGACCUGCCCGCGGGCGACGUCUUCCUCUCCUCCUGCAUCAGCGUCCUGCAGUUCCAGAACGACCUGAUCGUGAUCGACGUGCUGGGCGACGCGCUGCUCGGUGUGAUACAGAAGUUUGUGCUCGAGGGCAUCGGGAACCCGUUGGCGAGGCUGCGCUACAGCCACUUUGGGGACGGCCAGCUCCACGACGUCGAGAUCCUCGGCGACGACGGCUGGCGCCAGGUCGAGAAGGGCACGACCUACGCCGUCGUGACCACCGGCUUCGUCGCGUCCUUCCUCCCGGCCGAGUUCCACGCCGAGCGCGCCAGGCUCGGCUCCGAGGCCCAGGCGCUCUGCGACUACCUCCGCGAGGCGCCGCCAGCCCUUGCCCCCCACGACGCGUACGUCGACCGGGGCUUGGCGACGUACGCGACGCCCGCGGAGGGCUUCGCGCAGACGUGCUGCCCGCGCGUCGACGCCACCGAGAGCGCCAUCGCCAAGGC